AUGACAGUGGGCUAUGUGGGGGCUGAUCUCACUGCGCUGUGCCGCGAAGCUGCUAUGCAAGUUGUCCUCCAGGUGCACCAGGACAGUCAGGAGAAUCAAGUCACUAGAGCACAUUUUUAUGAAGCCUUUAAAAAGAUUUGUCCUUCUACCGCUCGUAGUGCUAUUGGACAGGUGGAGUUUAAGCCAGUCUACUGGGAGAAAAUAGGGGGCCUUGAGAAUGUUAAACUCUUACUGAAACAGAGCAUUGAGUGGCCUAUGAAGUAUCCUGAAGCUUUCCUGAGAAUGGGUCUGACACUGCCAAAAGGAGUUCUGCUCUAUGGGCCACCGGGAUGUGCUAAAAAACACGCUGGUAAAAGCUUUAGCGACGAGCUGCCAUUGCGCUUUCUUCUCUGUCAGUGGUGCUGAUCUCUUUUCACCAUAUGUGGGUGACUCAGAGAAGACAUUAGCACAGCUUUUCAGACAGGCAAGAGCCAGCACACCAGCAAUCGUGUUUCUGGAUGAGAUUGAUGCUAUAGUAGGGUGCCGAUCAGAGGCCAGGACAGGUUCUGGUGUACAGGAGAGAAUCCUUUCCGUUCUCCUGAAUGAACUGGAUGGCGUUGGACUAAAGACUACAGAACGGAGAGGCAGCCACAAAUUGUUGGAAGGUGAUUAUGAGUACUGCCACGAUGAACCUGACAAGUUUCAGGAGGUGGUUAACAAAUCAGUAAUGAUCGUAGCUGCUACAAACAGGCCGGAUGUUCUGGAUGAUGCUUUGCUGCGACCAGGCAGACUGGAUAAACUACUCUAUAUUCCACCACCAGAUGAAAAGGCACGGCUAUGCAUCCUGAAAAUCUGCACUAACAAGGUGCCAUUGCAUUCUGAUGUGUGCCUAGAAAGGCUGGCAGCGGAUACUCCAUUUUACUCUGGUGCUGAUCUUCACAAUCUGUGUAAAGAGGCUGCCCUGGUUGCGUUGCAGGAAACUGAACUACAGGCUACCUGUGUGAAACAAGAGCAUUUCCAAAAGGCUUUGGCAUCUGUACCACCAUCUUUGAAUGCUGGAGAUCUUUUAGCGUAUAAGAAGUUACAUGGACCUACGGACAAUGAAUAUCUUUUUAUAUAA